AUGCUGUAUCGGAAAUAUAUUUUUGAGACGAGUCGAACGGUGUUGGUAGACUUGUCGUAUCUGAUGUGUGAUGGGAAUGUGGAGUCUGAGAUGUUUCUGCAGUACUAUUUGAGUGAACACAAGGAAAGGUAUUUGAGAAUACUGGAGAGUUCGAUUUAUCAAGAUGAAUGGAAGUAUCUUCUUGUGUUGAUGAAGAGUGUGACGUCGUCUGGAGCGUUUUUGAAGAAGAAUUAUGUUGAAAAAUUCAAUGUGAUGUAUGACAAGGAUAAAGCGGAAGAAGUGGACAGAAUGGCACGAAUUGACCGGCUGAGAGGGGAUAUUCCAGCACAUCUUGUAGAGGAACGCCCAGCAUUCAUCCUAGUCUACACAAUUGCAACGAACACCCUGUCCACGGAGAAUUUCACGUUUGGUGCUGAAUGUUUGUAUGGAGAUAAUAUGGUGAAGGUGAUGGUAUUGGAAUUACUGGGGCUGUAUGACAUUAUCAAUUGUUGGAUUGGGAUAUCGCCCCCACUGUUAAAGAGUGUUGCGGCGUUCAUGGCAAGCGCGUCGAAUUUGACUGCAUUUUACGGGAUGACACAGGAGAUGGUGGGAUUGAUGAUUGGGUUUGCCGCUUCCGCGUUGCAAACAUCAAACAACGAAUUGAUUACGAAUGGAGCGAAUGUUGGUGUUAAUUUUAUUGAGAAUACGAAGGCAUACAACAAGAUUUUGAAGACAAGUUGA